AUGGCUCACUCAUCCUCCAGCAGCGACUGGACCGACACCAAGGACUGCAGCUCCGAAUCAGACCUGAGCCUCUCAGUGGGCUACUUCCCCUGUGAGGACACAUUCUCCCAUGAGAACACAACCUCCUGCGAAGACAUGUCUCCUGAGGGUCCUUCAAUCCACUUCAUCCCUCCUAUCCAAGGGACAUGGUGGACUGAAAGUAGAGGGAGACUCCUGGGGAGACGAGACCAAAUUCAAGACAACCCGGGGCAGUUUUGCAAACUAAGCAUAACCCUGGCCUGGGAUGUUGAUGUGGACUCUAAUAAUUCAGACUCCGUAGCUAAUUGGGACCUAAAUGGAGACAACCAGUGGACAGACAAGUACCCCAAAGAGAAGAAACAACCAACUCUCAGCAAACUGGACAGUCUGGUGCAAAAGCUUGAGAAAUUUCUAGAAAAUCAGAAAGAUGAUGAAGAUGAUGACUCUGUGUUCCCUGAAUCUGCUCAGGAGGAAGAUUUCCAGCUGUCCAGCAGCUUCUCUCCAGAUAUAGCUCAGAUACUAAGCCAGACAACUGGCAGCCAAAGGGCAAGCACUGUAGAGACCUCCUCAACCUCCUCAGGCCAGCCAGAAGAGGAGGACACUCAUUCCGGCACACAAGCCCCCUCCUGUCUGAACUUCAGGUGGGUCUUCCGCUGGCUAAGGCAGCAAGUCCUCUCCUCACUUUUGGGAAGACGGCGUCCUGAGAAGGCCACCAAGAGCCCCCAUCAGCUGGUUCAAAAGAAAAGACCCUCUCAUAGAGGCAAGAGAAUCCAACCUCAAGAAUCCCUCGAAUUAGGAUCCCCUGUAUCACCAGAUUUUUAA